CCAAUAACUAACAGCAACUAGAACUCCUGUGCUGGAAUUUUCCUGACAGCUGAAAGCAAGGAUUCCAUGGUCCAUAGAGCCCGUCCUUCUAAACUGAUUACGAUCAAAGAUAUUAGGGCUUUGGAUGUGUAGUAAAAUUUGGGUGCAGAAAUGCUCGGAUAUAUUUACAAAUGGGAAUCUGCAUUUCUGGCAGAAAGUACCUGCUGCUAAGAUUGCUGACCUGCAAUAAAAAUCUGGAAAAACUAUCAAGGAUGAGCUCCUGUGCCAAAUCAAUGCUUCCAUCUCAGUGGCUGUUCCUGGCAUAUGUGUUAAUGGUGUGCUGUAAAUUGUUGUCCGCAAGUAGCCAUCCUCCUCGGGGACCGGCAGGUCUCAACCAAGUUAAGCAAGGGACCUGCGAGGUGGUUGCAGUACAUCGGUGUUGCAACAAGAACAGGAUUGAAGAGCGGUCACAGACGGUCAAGUGCUCCUGUUUCCCAGGUCAGGUUGCAGGCACAACACACGCACGGCCAUCUUGUGUCGAAGCUGCCAUUGUUAUCCAGAAGUGGUGGUGUCAUAUGGAACCUUGUCUGGAAGGAGAGGAAUGUAAAGUUCUUCCAGAUUACUCAGGUUGGUCAUGCAGCAGUGGAAACAAAAUUAAAACAACCAAGGUGACACGGUAGCACAAAGUAAACAUGUGUCGAAGUUGGAAUAAUGGGAUUUACAACCAAAUUUCCUAACUGCUGCACAGAGACAUUUACUUGGCAAGGAAAGUGUCAAGUUUGUACUGUCAACUUUUCAAGUUAGCUGGCAAGAACUAGAACUGCCUUCUUUUUAAUGAUGACAGCACUCUUCAAAACACAAAUUUCUUAUAAAGGACUGUAAAACAGGAACUGUAAGUCCAACUCUUUCAUGUUCAGGAUGAACAAUUGUUAAAAAGGGAAGCCAAAACAUUUAGUGGAGUGUAUCAUCUAGGAUUUGAUUUAUGAUAUUUAAAUGCUCAAACUGGGUUCGCAUAACUUGUGGGAAUAAUUGGAUGAAGAAGGAGAAAUAAUUCAGAUGAAUAUGGUAGGAAAGACAAUUGAAUUAAUGUUUUAAUAUUCACAUCAAUAUAUUUUUAUGUAGGAUUUAAUAAGAAUUAAAUGAGCUCAUAAAGUAAAACAUGAUGCUCAGUAAAUUGUAGCUUAUGCCAAUCUUUAUAUUAUGUUAACAGUCUAUGUACAACUUUGUUUCUUUCCAUCUGUACAGUGUUAAAGGGAGUAGAGAACAUACUUGUUCUACAAGUAGAUAAUGUUUACAGCUUCAGACAUGUCCAC